GGCUCCCCAUUGCUGGGAGCAAUGGAGCUGGCAGCAGAGCCAACAUGGGGCCACACAGCCCCAUGAGCUGGGGAUCCCUGUGGUUAUCCCCACAGCCACCUCCGUUCCCACUGCGUGCCAGGGCUGGGAGACCCAUGGGGCAAGGGAUGUGGUGCACUGAUGUGCCAGCACCAUGGAUGUCCUGACUGCCUCACAGAGUUCUGGGCUGUCGGAGAUCAGCACUGAUGCACAUCAGGCACCAGCACUGAUUGGGAGGGGAGGGCUUAGCUCAGGUCUGUGAGCAGAGGGUGGGUCAGGGGGCCCUAGGAGCCUGAGAGCUCUCCCAUUGUGAGGGGUCCACCCCAUGCAAGCAAGUCACGUCCGAGUGUGGCUGUGCUCCAACUGCUCAAGGCUGAUGAAAGAAGCAAGGGUGGCUGGGUUUGCUCUGGGAAGGCAGAAAGAUGACUGGGGGCUGUGACAAUGCUGUCCUGGGGAGGAAAUGGCAGAUACUAAAGAGCUGCAGGCUAAUGAGAAAGAACACAAAGAAACAGUUGAAAGUUAAAGGCAGGUGGAGAACGGGGAUGUGAGCAUGGCAGUGGCAGCUCUGCUCACCUCACAGCACAUCCCCAGCUGUGCCCCAGGAUGGGUCCCACUGCACAUCCCUGUGACUCAUCCUCUCAUGCAGGGUUGCCCGUGUGCCAGGGCCCUCACUGCCAGGGCAGAGGAGCUGCCGAGGGCCGGUAGGAAGCCAGCACCCACUCCCCAUGCAGCUUGUGGCCUGGUGGAGGCAUGUCCCAGCCACAUCUUCUCGCCCUCCUGCUGCUGCUGCUCUGCUGCCAGGGCCCCUCUGCCCAGAUCACGAAUUUCCUCUUCGAAAGCUGGAAGGCUUACAGCGAGGAGUGCCACCGCAACAUGAGCCGAAUGCCUGCACCUACAGAGCUGGUUUGUAACCGAACCUUUGACAAGUUCUCCUGCUGGCCCGACGCACUGCCCAACACCACCAUCAAUGUCUCCUGCCCCUGGUUCCUGCCCUGGUACCAGAAAGGUAACGGCAGGGCACGUGGUGGGAUGGCUGAGCACGGCAGGGCUGUGUGGACAUGCACACCUCUGUGCGGCUGCACGCUGCUGCGGCUGCUGCUCCGUGUCCCCUGGGCUGGCGUGCAGAGCCCAACUGUGUACCUGCAGCUGCCCCAUUUCCCUCCUCCCCAUGCAGUGAAGCACAGAUAUGUCUUCAAGACAUGCGGGCCAGACGGGGAGUGGGUGACAGGCCCCAAGGGGCAGUCCCUGCGGAAUGCCACACAGUGCCAGAUCGACGCCGAGGACCUGGAGGCACAGGAAAAAAUUGCCAAGACCUACGGCAGCUUCAAAGUGAUGUACACUGUGGGCUACUCAGUGUCCCUGUGCGCGCUGCUUCUUGCCCUGGCCGUGCUGCUGGGCUUCAGCAAGCUGCACUGCAUGAGGAACUACAUCCACAUGAACCUCUUCGCCUCCUUCAUCGUGAAGGGCGUCUCCGUGCUGGUCAUCGAUGCCCUGCUGAAGACUCACUACAGCGACAAGAUCGAUGACUACAAUGUGCGCAUCUGGCUGAGUGAUGAGGUGAGUGGGGGGCAGGGGGUUGGGGGGGGACAGACCACGGCAGGCCCUGACCCCCACCUGCAGGCUGCCGCUGGCUGCCGGGCGGCUACGGUCUUCAUGCAGUAUGGCAUCAUGGCCAACUACUGCUGGCUGCUGGUGGAGGGCAUCUACCUGCACAACCUGCUGGUGGUGGCUGUUUUCUCCGAGAGGAGCUACUUCACCCUCUACCUGUGCAUCGGCUGGGGAGCACCUGUGCUAUUUCUCAUCCCAUGGGUCGUUGUGAAGUUUCUCUAUGAAAACAUCCAGUGCUGGAGCACCAACCACAACAUGGGUUUCUGGUGGAUCCUCCGCUUUCCUGUGUUCCUGGCCAUCCUGAUCAACUUCUUCAUCUUCAUCCGCAUCAUCCAGAUCCUCGUCUCCAAGCUCCGCGCACACCAGAUGCGUUACACUGACUACAAAUUCAGGCUGGCCAAGUCCACGCUGACGCUGAUCCCGUUGCUGGGCAUCCACGAGGUCGUCUUCGCUUUCAUCACGGAUGAGCACGCCCAGGGCACGCUGCGCUACGUCAAGCUCUUCUUCGACCUCUUCCUCAGCUCCUUCCAGGGGAUGCUGGUGGCCAUUCUCUACUGCUUCGUCAACAAGGAGGUGCAGGCGGAGCUGCUGAAGCGGUGGCAGCGCUGGAAGCUGGGGAAGGACCUGGCGGAGGAGUACAAGCACACCUACAGCCACGCACCCGGUGCCCGCAACGGUGCUGGAGGCUGUGAGAAGCACCAGCUGGUGGGCGGCUGUGCCAACGGGACGGGCCGCGGCACGGCCGUGCGCUCCGGCUCCCACUACCUCGAGAGCAGCGGUGCUGCCGAGCAGCUCGCCAUGGGGGAGCGGCACCACUGCUACGAGUUCCCUGAGACCACAGCCGAGAGCCACUUCUGAGCCCAUGGCUGCACCUGAAGGGCUGCGGCGGACUGAGCCGUGGGGCGGCCGCUGCCCUCACCCUGGGCACUGUGGUGCAAAAUGGCCCACGGACAGGGCUGGAGAAGGUGGGGAGGGGAACAGGGGUUGGGGUCUGUGGGGGCUGGGAAUUUUGGGGGGGUGGGGUUCAUCCUGUGGUGCUGCCCUUGUGCGCCCGCGAGACCCUCUGCACAGUGGUGUAAUUUAUGUCGUAACUGUGUAAAUAGAUGUGGGCCCGUGCCGGGCUGCAGGGCCAGCUCUGUGUGCCUGUCUGUGGGGAAUGGCCGUCCUUGGGGAGGGGGAGUGGUGACACUACCACCCCACAGGGUCCCCAGUUGUCUGUGGGUGAUGGGCACAUAACCCCAAGCUGGGGAUGGGGCCACAUAGCAGGGAACCCCUGCACUGCUCUGCUGCCCUUAUGGCCUUGCACAGGUGAGCAGGGCAGAGGCGAGGGGGGGAGGGGGCUGCAGCUCUCCUCCAGCCACUAAUGAGCUCUAUCAGCAUUGCCAGGAACCCUUAAUUAAAUCAUUUGGAGCUGCCCCUUCAGCCGUGCUCUCCUGAGGACGGGCAGUGGCUGCUGCUGGUGCUGAGCACUGUGGGGUCCCUGUCACCCUCAGGUUGGGUGGGCUGUCCCAAGGUCCCAUGGGUCAGGCUGGGGGGGAGGUGGGGUGAGCUGGCACCCUAAGAGGCUUGUGCAGUGCACAUGAGUGCUAAGCCCGGAUGCCACGGCUUUAGGAACCACAAUGGCUUUGUGUGGGGAUUAGCACACUGCCCUGUGCCCCGGGUGCACCCAGAUGGACAGACAGCUCGAGACAGCCCCAUGCCCCCACAGGCCCCGGGCACACCGUCAGGACCCACACACAGCCCAGCACAAACCAUGCCCACCUGCUUUCCAGGUGCUACAUGACAUGAGAGCAGCACCGUGCCCUGGCAGUGCCCCACUGCCACAUCCCCCACUGCCCCAGCACCGGCCCCAGCCUGCCUACACCCACCAGGCUGAGGGGCUGCAGCGAGGGCAGCAGCAUCAGUGGAGCCAGCGAGACGUGGGGAGGGCACUCCGCACUGAUCCCAGCUGCAUGGUGUUGGCCGAGCACACAGUAAUUUUCCUCUGUUUACGUGACAACUUGCUGGCUGCCCAGCCGAGCUCUGCUCUGCUCACCCACCAUGGGGCCAGCCCUGCGCCAGCAGCUGGGACCAUGGGGCCGAGGGCCAGGGCUGCGAUGGUGAGGGCGGCUCAGCCCACGGAACCACGGCACUGAGACAGCAGUGCCACGGCACGGGGUGAGCUGAGAUAGGGAAUGGCAGGAAUGGGGCUGGAGAUAGGGACACGGAUGGGGAUGUGGAUGGGGACAGAUCUAGGGCUGCAGCGCCAGCCGCCACUUGUCCCCACGGCACUGCCGUCACCGCAGCCUCCUGAUGCGGUAACGAGCCUAAUUGGAGCAAAUUGCUGAAGCACGAGGCGGUUUCUGGGAAGGUAAAUAUGGUCAAUGCACGGCGCCGGCCCCAAUGCCUGUUGCUCCAGUGUAUCCAUGGCAACACACCACUGUCCGUCCCAGUCCCCCCCCCCGCCUACCCCCUGCAGAGCCAUGACACCCCACCGGGGCCAAGGUGGGGGCACGGGGUCAGUCAGCAGCCUUGGGGUCUGGCAGCACAGCACCCCAACAACACCAGCACUGUGCACCCCCCCACUCUUGAAGACACGCUUGUGUCCCAUACACAACCACAUCUGCAUAUACACACACGCGCUUGUGCCGCUCACACCCACGCACAGGGCUGACAUUUGCGGGCAGAGCAGCACAGCUAUUUCAGGUUCCCAUGGCAGCAGCUGGAUGGGGACAUUCAGUGCCCAGCGCCCACCACGUGCUGCUCGCCCACCUGCGGCCACCCCCUCUCACAGUGAUGUCCCCACGCCCAUCCCCAUUCCCCUGGCAUUGAGAAGGGAGGAGAGCUCUGUGCCACACAGCAGGAACGAGGAGCAGAGCCGUGCAAAGGGGACGCAUUGGGAAUGGUACCUGACAGGUCAUGGCAGGCACCCCCCCAGCGCCCACGAGGCCUCGUUCGCCCCGCAGUGAUACUGCUGCUUCAUCAAGGUAAUUGGAGACUGCAAAUUGGUCUGCUAAGUAGAUUCUGCCCGUUACCAUUCUCUCUUCCCACUACUUAAUUCAAUGAUACAACACAUACCUCUCCUCCUCCCACCACUUAAUCUAAUGAUAACAGCCGUAGCCGAGUCACGGUGAAAAUAAGCCAUGGCCAGCUCUGACUUUGAUAGGUAAACAGCCUGAUUUCCCUGGCCUCCGGCCUCAGCCCCGCACGGGGCACCCCCCCGCCACCUGAACCUCACACCUCCCUUCUGCUGCUUCACCACGGUCACCCUGUGGUUUGUUAUUGGCCUUUAGAAAAAUUGCCCGUUUAGAAAAUCAUUUUCAUAUGACAUUUCAUUAGAGCCUGAGUGAGCAGUUUGCCUCCAGCAUCACAGCACCUGAGCCAAGAGAAAAACAAGGCAAGAGGCCAUGAGGGCCAGGCUGCUGGGCCCCAAACAGAGCUCUGCCACAGCAGCAUGGUGGUGGGACGCAGCUGAUCAGGGUUCCUACAGCCUCCUGCCCCAUCCUCAGAACCCAAAGCCCUGCUCCCUGCUGGGACCUGGCUGCUCGGCUGCCAUGCUGCAGGACACAGACACAGCCUUGUGUGUAUCAUGCAUUUCCCCUGGGAAAUGUUGGACACGCUGCUGCUGGCAAGCAGCCAUGAGAAGCUGCAGGGAAUGGACCACCUGGAGGGAAAGGCCAGCGGAGACGAGCUGCAGUGGCAGCAGCAGUCAUUUCAUUCACUGCUGCUCCCGACAGAGGGCACCUCCUGCAGCGCAGCACUGCCCAGGCACCAUCCUGUGGUGGAGCACCCCUGUGCUCCACAGCAGUGUUUUGGAGAUGAGAG